AUGUCGACCCCAGAAACUCCUCAGUUUUCGCCGCCCAAUCGAGUUACGCUCUUUAAGCGUAGGGCAAACGCGAUAGCUGCCCAUGCUCAAAAAAUUGCUUCUGGCCUUACUGCCGAUAGGGUUAAGGCCGUUCCUGAGGAGGAGCUCACCCUGAAACUUGAGCUUAUAAAUAAAACCGAAGCCUCUUUCUCAUUGGCUCAUGAUUCGUUGGAGGAACUCGAUUAUGAGGAAAUUGGCAGCAAAGCGCGGGACGACUUUGAGGAUUUGGUGUUCUCCAUGAGAUCGGUGGUGCUGCAAGAGCUGGGAAAGCGCAAAUUCCAAGGAGUUCCGUGUUCAACCAUGCAUCCAGAGGUGGCCAUGGAGGCCGCUGCGCCUGCUCCAAGAAGAUCGUGCCUUCCUGAGCUUAAGUUGCCAACCUUCAGCGGCGGCUACACUGAGUAUGCCGAUUUUAUUUCAAUGUUCCUGACAAUUAUUGAUAGGAAUAGUGAUCUUGCUCCAAUUGAGAAGCUGCAGCACCUGAAAUCAUGCCUGAAAGGUCCAGCUUUAGAUGCCGUUCGUUCGCUGGAGAUCACUGACUCUAACUAUGGAGCUCACAUAACAGAUAUUUUUGGUUUGUCAAAGGUGGAAAGUGCAUCAGCUGUGAAGCUGCGUGAGCUCUCCGAUAAGCUCAAUGCCAAUCUUCGAGCGCUUCAGAGUUUGGGAACCUUGGAGGAGAUCGCUGGUUGCAUUCUUGUUCAUACGCUGCUGCAAAAAGUUGACCCGACUACCCAGGCUAAAUGGGAAGAGUCUGCCUCUCUGGACAAAAUACCCACCUGCGCAGAAUUUACUAAAUUUCUGGAGAAGCGAUGCCAGAAACUGGAGAAUGUGGAGCAUGCUGCUUUAUCCAAUGGUGGCAAUUCGCAAGCUUCAAGGCCCAGGAGGUUCAGCAGUCAUGGGAGAACCUUUCUCCUCAAGCUCGUCUGCGUGAAGCUAAACGGCUAG